ACCGACAUAAUAGAAAUCCUGCUCUCUUGAUAAGGUCGAGUGUUAACGCGAUGGAGGUGGACAAAUAUAUCUUGACUGAGGCGCUCUCUGCUAUUCUGGGAGUCACGGUGAAAUUGCAGUCAGAUUGUAAGGGUUUAGAUGGAGUCAUACAGUUGAAUAUUACCAGUCUGACAACUGUUGCCUUUCUUGGUUAUGAAGCAUUUGCGCUUGUGGUCCAACCCGUGUCUUAUCUAACAACUUUACUGACGCGGUGGUUUGUUGGUGAUCAGCAAAAUUCACAAGAGACCUCGAAGAACGAAAGCGCGAACUCUUCUCUCCGAAAGGAAAUAUUUGCAAUCCCGGAUGACUUUUUCGACCCAAAGUUUGACUUUGACUUCACGAACAUGUCCGAGUCAAAGUCUGAUGAGUGCACACGCGGGGACGAGCCGUACAAGCGGCCCUACGGCUGGAUGCGCUUUGCUCUGAAGGUCCGGGACAAAUAUCCGGACGGGAACGCUUGGCUGGGAACAAACGGAUGGAGGAGCCGUUCAGUGCCCGGAACAAGUAAUGAAAACGGUGGUCCUGCAGCAGACAGUGAGACGAUUCCAGACCAAACCCAGGCUGAGGAAUCUCCACAGACAUCCAGUGCACCUCCUGAAGCCUCGGAGGAAAUACAGAGCUCUGAGGCUGCUGUAGCUCACAGUGAACCAGAAGCAGCUGCUACUGAGGCCGUUACAUCUGACCAGCCUGCUGAAGCCGAAUCCAGCCCCUCUACGACAGCUGAGAAUACCGACGAACCAGCACCAAGUGAAAAUACAACUGAGGCCCAGGCCGAAUCUUCCCCACCAGAGGAAGCACCUGCCUCUGGUGAAGAUAGUUAAGUGUGCAUCAUUUGGCACAGUUACUACAGAAUCCAGACUCAACCACCUAUUUUCAAUAAAAUCAAGAUUUCAUACGCAUAGUUUAAAAAUACAGUGAAACAUUAGCUUAUUUAUUAAAUAGAUAUUGCUUGUUCGUUGCCAAGAUAUAGACCAACUGGUCUUCAGAGACUCUGUGCCUGUCUUUAUAUACAAAGAUUACAAACAUCCCACUCCAGUUAUAGUUUAUUGAAUUAUUAUUGCUGGCUUUAGCUAGAUAUUUCCUUCAAUAUUUAAUAUCGGUGCCUAUUUUAGUGGCUUUACCCCUCUAUAAAAAAUGCAAAAAGCCAAAGAGAAUAUGAAAAUUGUGGAAUGCUAUUUAUAUAAUUAUGUAAUAUUUUAACCAACUGAAAUAAAAUGUUACAUACAUUUUAAAUGACAAUGGACAUAAUAUUUGAAAAACAGGCCUUUUGGUUUUAUUUAUUGUAUGCUAAUGUUUUCCUGCAACAAACACGACAGAUUUAACUCAACAAAUGCAAGUAAUGUUGUUUUUGUGUUGUGGUUGAUUUAAUGUGAUAAUGACAAGUUUAAAAAUAAAGCUGAAUUGAACUGGGUUUUGAA